GUCCAACUUCGAUACAAACAUUGAUGCUCCUUCUCAACACAGAAAACGGUCCAUACAUUCACAUUGGAGCCAGCAAAGCCCAAAUUGUAUCCAAUAAUUGAAUGUCGUCAUGAGCAUGACAUCGUUCACUGACACACGCCUCCUGCGCGGCGGCAUCAAGCGAACUCUACUUGUGGUCUCUAUGACUCUCCUGGUCACCAUCACGCUCGUGAUUUUUAUGGACACAUUCCUGCUGAAGUCCUUGCUAAAACGUCAAUUUUUAGCUGACCACCCAUAUCGCCUGGGGUAUCAGACGUCCGACCAUCGCGUUGAAGCGAAAACUCCUGUCGCAGAGGAGCAUAAUACUUCCUCUAACAAUUCCACCCUGAAACCAAUUCUGGACUGGCACAAUUUUUUCGAGUACAUAGAAAAGGCGGCUGGUUGUAGUAAAAUUGAAAUGAUCGGAGACCAACCAAAUGAAGGAACCACUGUUUUGGACGGCGUUAAGGCAGUUUGUUUGGACGACAAAGUCUCUCCCACACCCGGCUCCUGCAUCGUACUUUCCUUCGGCAUGGGCAACGAGUGGAGCUUUGAGGAGGCCAUGGCGGAAUACGGCUGCAAGGUGUACGCGUUUGACCCCACCAUUGGGCAGCCAGCCCGCCUCAGUGGUCAAGACAUCCACUUCCGCCCAUUGGGCUUGGGGGGCGUAACUGGAGUUGCGUCGUUCCAUGGAACUGAAAUACCGGUAUGCACAUAUCGGGAUAUUUUGAAGUUGAUCGACUUGGAGAAGAGCGUCAUUGACUACCUCAGGAUCGACAUCGAGGGCUUCGAGGUGGAUUUUUUUCGCAACAUCCUUAACGACGAUGUCGAACUUCUGGCCAACAUCAAGCAGAUCGGCAUGGAGAUCCAUCCACUGGCGUCAGAGACCCUGAGAGACCUUAUGUGGAGCCAAAUUCGUCAGCUACGAAGCCUGCAUUUCUCACAGGUGUCCAGUUUACCAAACAUGGGCUGGACUUAUACCUUUGAGAACAAAACUGGUUCUGCAUUUUAUGAAAUGCUUUGGGUUAAUGAAAAGUUCCGGUAGUAGUUUUGGUUUCCAGUGAGUAUAAAUAUCUUCGGUGGCAACGUGUUACGAGUUCGAACUUUCAAAAUGGGUUUCCUUGCGGCAUCUAAACUUUUUGUGAGUAAAUUAAUUUUUUUGGUAGGCUUUCUACCAGCAGAUAAGUCUCGUCGACCUUGGCAGGUAGCUCAUUUAGAAUUACAAAACUCCGAUUUCAAACCUCCUCUUCCGCGCGACCUACCCUCUUAUGUGAAACGCCGAAGGAAAAAAUCAUGACAGACAAUAGGGAGCAGCAGCACCUAAGGCGGUUUGAACUGAAACCUCAGCACCGACAACUUCUGCGGCGGUGUUAAUAGCAAACGGUAUUGAUUUCGUCUUUCUUUUGGCUUCUUUGGCUGUGAAGAGUGGAGGCCACUGCUGAAUGAGUACAUUCAAGGAGUAACGUCAUCGCUUCCGCCUGUCACGGUGGACGGCGGCCGACGAAGAAUUUUAUGCUUACAAUUUAUUUAUUCAGCAAACAUGAUUGCAUAGCAAUUUUCACAGGACGAACGAUGCAGAUUUCUUGCCAAUGGGGUGCUUGAUAUCAGGACAGUAUAAACA